GUCGGAAAUAAGUUGCCAAUCUUUAAAUUGAUAAAGAUAUCUAUAAAGAUAUUACUUAGUAAAGUACAUGAAAAGAAUGUUAAUUGACACAAAUGAUGUUCAUGAUUGAACUAAUAUUAUAAAUCAUAUUUUAAUUGAUUUAAACAUGCCGUGCUGGUAUUACGAAAAGAAAGAACUUCGCAAUACACCAUCUAUUCAAGAUGGUAUCGAUUAUGACACGGAAUGUAGAUAUCGAAAAGAAGGUGCACGUUUUAUAAUAGACACUGGUACAAAAAUGGAUUUAGGUUAUAACACGAUGGCAACGGGUGUUGUUUAUUUUCAUCGAUUCUACAUGUUUCAUUCAUUCAAAAACUUUCCGCGAUAUGUAACUGCUUGCUGCUGUUUACUCUUAGCUGGAAAAGUUGAAGAAACUCCAAAGAAAUGUAAGGAUAUCAUAAGGACUGCCAAAACUUUAGUGUCGGAACAAAAGUUUAUGACGUUUGGAGAAGAUCCUAAAGAAGAAGUUUUGAUCUUGGAGAGAAUUUUAUUGCAAACUAUUAAAUUUGAUCUGCAAGUGGAACAUCCCUAUAGUUAUUUACUAAAAUAUGCAAAGUGUCUGAAAGGUGAUAAAAACAAGUUGCAAAAGAUGGUUCAAAUGGCUUGGACAUUUGUUAACGAUAGUUUAUGUACCACUCUAUCACUGCAGUGGGAGCCAGAGAUCAUAGCCGUCGCUCUAAUGUAUUUGGCAGGAAAACUAAGCAAAUUUGAAGUAGUAGAUUGGAUUGGAAGACAACCAAAACAUUUACGCUGGUGGGAUAUGUUUGUUGAAGAUGUGACUAUGGAUCUUUUAGAAGAUAUUUGCCAUCAAGUAUUGGAUUUAUAUUCACAAGCUAAUAAUGCCAAACCACCAGAUUCGCCACCUAUGAUACCAUCCAGCGAAAUGUGUACUGUUACUGCUACUACUGUCGAAUCUGCAUCUAAUACACCAAAUGUAACACCUGGAAAAUCCUCCAAAAUGGAAGUAUCAACGGUUUCUGCAAAUGGAUGUCCAUCUACAGAUGUCACAGACACAAUAAAACCAAUAGAUACUUCAACAGCACACUUCCCUACAUACGCGGCAAACUUUGCGUCUAACAGCACAAAUUAUCCACCAGCAUUUCCACCUACCAAUGUUUCGGUUCCUCCUCCUCCUGUAAAUACAAUGAAUCAUAUCGUGCCAACGAUGCAUCAUAUUGGAUCAUCCGCUGCUAUUCGUCCUACACCACCGUCAGCACCGACUGCCAAUCAAACUUUUCAACCAUAUUCCUAUCCAACAAACGCAUCAUAUUUUUCAGCAAAUAAUCCAAUUCCACCGGCUGCACCGCCACGUAACUAUUAUCCACCGCAAGCAUAACGGAAAAUAAUAUAUCGCGCGUCUAAUGUAAGUUGCGCCAGCGCAAUUAUCUUAAUUUAAGAUAAACAUUAGAUUAUCAAAGACAUUACUAAUUUAAUUGUAAAUUUUGAGUAUGUGUGUAUUGUAUAUUUGCGAUGUUAUCAACAGCAUAUAAUUGUAUAAACUUUUUUUUGUACUAUAAAUGAAACGAUAGUUCUUAACUUUUUUCUUUCUCCACAUAAUUAUUAAUAUAUAACAAAACAAAAAGAAUUAGC